AUGGGUGACACUGAGAAAGGCAAGAAGAUUUUUGGUCAGAAGUGUGCCCAGUGCCACACUGUGGAGAAGGGAGGCAAGCACAAGACGGGCCCAAAUCUCCAUGGUCUGUUUGGGCCGAAGACAGGUCAAGCUGCCGGAUUCUCCUACACAGACGCCAACAAGAACAAAGGCAUCACCGGGGGAGAGGAUACAUUGAUGGAGUACUUGGAGAAUCCCAAGAAGUACAACCCUGGAACAAAAAUGAUCUUCACUGGCAUUAAGAAGGGAGAAAGGGCAGAAUUAAUAGCUUACCUCAAAGAAGCUACUGAUGAGUAAUAGUCACUGCCUUAUUUAUUACAGAACAGAAACGUCUCAUGGCUUUUUUAUGUGUACCAUAAUUUAAUAGAUCUCAUACACCAGAAUUCAGAUCAUGAGUGGCUGACAGAAUAUUUUUUGUUGGACAGUCCUGAUUUAAGUAAAAUUGGCUUAUAGUUAAAUGGAUAUCUUUUUUUUCAAGCUUUGAUAUUAAUUCCAGUUCAGUAAAUACUAUCACUGUUUUCCCUUUCUAAAAAUAUGGUUGGACUUGAUUAGUAAUGUUCGACUUCUCACAAAGAUGGAGAAUGUUAUCUCAAAACCUAGUGGAGGUUGGUUUUAUAUUUAGAUUUCUACAUAUAACUGGUUGUGUGAAUAUGUUUAAAUACCAGGGAAAUCCUUCACUGUCUCACAACCAAGCAAGACUCCUGUUUCAAUUUGUUUAUUAGCUUGUUAAAGACAGUGGUUGAAGACCAGGAAGGAACAUCUAUAUUUUUUAUCUUGACUAUGCCAAUUUAAUUAGAAUUCCCUGUAUCUAAAGACUGAUGCCUUUUACUUACUGAAAGGCAUUUUAGUUUGGUGUAUGUAUAAUACUAAAUAAAGGAUAUUUAACACUUCUCACCUUUUAU